AGAACAUUUUCUUCAUCUCUCACUUCUUCUUGCUACUUGUUCACAAAAGAAAAACAAUGGCUUCCAAAGCUUUGAUUCUGCUGGGUCUCUUUGUUGUUCUUCUCGUGGCCUCGGAGGUCGCAGCCAGAGAUCUCGCUGAAACCUCGACCGAGAAAAACAGCGAAGCCACGGAGGAGGCACAGCACCCUGACGGAUACGGCGGCGGAUACGGCGGCCGCGGUGGUUACGGAGGUCGCGGCGGCUAUGGUGGUGGCCACCGUGGCGGAGGAGGAGGAGGUGGCUGCCGCUACGGUUGCUGCCGCAAAGGAUACCAUGGCUGCUCCAAGUGCUGCUCUUACGCCGGCGAGGCUGUCCAAACUCAGCCGGAGAACGAGCCUGGUCACUAGACCCAUAUAUUCAUAUAUCCAUAUAUAUAUAGUGUGUGUAUGUGUAUGUACGUACGUACACUAGGGCCAUGCAUGGUUGUGGAUUUACGUAUACGCUCUCGUGUCUACGUGUAAGGAGAAACCUCAUGGGGCUUUGGUGAUGAAGUACGUGUGUAUAUGCGUAGACUAAAUAAAAACUUUGUGGAAGUUUCUGCUUUUCUUUCUAUAUAUAUACCACGUUCUCAUCGUGA